CCGUGUCAAAGACAAGAGUGAAAACCCCCAGCAGACCUAAUAAGACACAUGCAUAUAUUGACAGAGUAAAAACCCAUCAGCCCGUGUCACCUGAAAUAGUCCACGUCCAACAGCGCUCAUAUCAAACUGAACCAGACUAGAACAUUACGUGGUUGAUGAACCAAGUCCAUUACUCAUGAUGCUUCGUUUACCGAACGAACUUGUUCCGGCUAUUGCAGCGCAGCUGGAUUCGGAGAGAGAUAUUAACGCGUUGGCUCGAACGAACCGGCGAUUGCUUUCUUGCCUUGACCAAUUUCUCUAUCACCGCAACAUACAGUAUUCUAAUAGCUCAGCACUUAAAUGGUCUGCCACCUGCGGCCAAGAGCGAACAGCAAAGAAAGCGCUCGACUACGGCGCGUCGAAUAUUGGCGAGGCGCUGGUACUAUCAGCAGAGAAUGGACGCGAAAGAGUAACCAGGAUUUUGCUCACAUUCUACGCGCCUGAUGAAGAUGGAGACACAGAACACGGACAAGAUGCUCUUUCACGGGCCGUCACCAGGGGUUUUGCGUCUAUUGUCAAGCUUCUGUUAGACUCGGGAAAGGUCGAGCCUGAUUCAAAGGACAGUGAUGGCCGAACACCGCUAUCGCAAGCUGCAUCCAAGGAGGACGAGUUGAUUGUACGGAUGCUACUGGACACGGACAAAGUUGAAGUCGAUUCCAGGGAUAAAUUUGGCCGAACACCGCUAUCAUAUGCUGUAUCGAUGGGGUCUGAUUCUAUUGUCGAGUUGCUACUAGAUACGGGAGAGGUCGAAAUCGAGUCGAGGGAUAACUAUGGUAGAACACCCCUAUCACAGGCCAUCUCUAGGGGCUAUACAUCUAUCGUCUGGUUGCUGCUAGACUACCGGAAGGCCAAAGUCGAUUCAUAGCCAAGUCGAUUCAUAGCCAAGUCGAUUCAUAGCCAAGUCGAUUUAUAGCCACUAUGAGACGGGCUGCCAAAUGAUACCAAAUGACGCCAAAGAUGUAUGGAAUGUCCAUACUUGCAGCCUUCAAUGCGUCCGUUAUCAAGUGUACAAGACACCACAUAGCACCACUGUAGUGAGUAUCAAGAUGACACAAUGUUUGAUUUGGUACUCUAGGUCUGCUACAUAGGUAUCUGCCUACAUAUAGUUGACUUGCAUUAUAGCAAGAAAUAUCAAUCGUCCGUAAAAUGCCUCUGGCUUCCAAGCGACUGCCUUACAAAUUCAGCUUGUUGCCUAGCACGACCCUGUAGGCCUGCUUCCCGCCCUCCGUGCCGCUCCAAUUACCACAUCACUCCAUCAGUAAAAAGAUGCGAUAGCAUGAACACCUUGCUUGCAGCGGUGGUAGAGUUGCACGAAAUCACAAGAGCAAAAUGUUACCUUA